AUGCCUCUGCACCUGCUAGGCAAAAAGUCAUGGAACGUCUACAACUCGGACAACAUCGCGCGGGUCAAGGCCGACGAGGCCGCCGCUGCUGCCCGCGAAGCCGCGGAUGACCAGCGCAAGCAAGAGCUCGACGCCGAGCGACGUGCCGCCAUCCUUCGAGGACGGACGCCCCCGCCACUACCAGAAGAAGAACCCACCAAGGCGCCAUCGAGGCGCUCAGGCAACACAGAUGACUGCGGACACGACAGAAAGAGGAGGAGGCUUGCUGGCGAGGAUGAUACCGACGCCGAUAUACGUAUGGCCAAGUCCAUCACGGCUCGACCUGGAGAUGAUGCAAAAGACGCGAAAGUGCUCAAGCUACGGAGCACCGCAUCAGACGCUCCGUUGGAGGACCAUGCCGGUCACAUUGACUUGUUCCCGGUGGACAUGAAAGAGGCCAUCAAAUGUGAGAGAAAUGCGGACGCAGAGAAGGAAGAACGCAAGAAAGAAAAGGCCAUCGAAGACCAAUUCACAAUGCGUUUCUCCAAUGCCGCAGGAAGGGGUGGCAUCGACCGACCCUGGUACGCCGCUGUACAAAAGCCGGCAUCCACCACUGGGGACAAACAGGACAUGGUACUCUAUGAAGGUUUCGCAAACAAGGAUGUGUGGGGCAACGAGGACCCGCGUCGCAAAGAACGGGAACAGGCCCGCAUAUCUAUGAACGACCCUUUCGCCUUCAUGCAGAAAGCACAAACACAACUGAAGAAGUCGAAGCAGGACAGGAAGCAGUGGGCUGCAGAGCGUGACCGUGAGCUAAUGGAGCUGCGGUCAGCCCAAGAGCGGGAGGAGAGGAGGAGUCGGCAUCUUAAAAGGAAGAGGCGGGAAGUGGACGAAGACGAGCAUCAGACGCCCAAGAAGGAGGCCUGCUCAUCCUCGCGCCAGAAGCAUCGCCAUAGGAGCCGGAGUCGUAGCGGUGACAGGCACGACCAUAGGCCUUCGCAUCGCAGCGAAAAGCGACGAGCUCAUAGCAAGAGUAGGGAACGCGAUGGAGACCGCCACAGACACCGUGAUCGACGGAACGAGGAGCUUCAGAAGGCUUUCAUCUAG